AAUCGGUCUCCUUUCGGCACAUAACCACAUGGAAGUGUGCGCAAGAAAUUGUAUUAAUUCUGUGGAAAAUCGCGAGUUUAGCGUGUGAAAAGCGGUGAAAAGUGUCUCCUAUUGACGCUUGGCAUCUCAUCUGUGUGUGCGCGCGUGCAAGUGACCCGUGAAAAGGGGUGAAAGGCCACGAAAAGUGGUUAUCACUGGUGGAAAAAUAGUUUGCACCUUUCGGGUUCGUGUCGCGAGUUGUGACGUUCUUUUUUCGGGGGGCGAGCGAGCGAGAGGCACACUUUUGUUCACUUCUUCCCAACUCGCGGAUUUCGCACGCUGGUGGCGACUUGCGAGUGCAGUGGGGGCGCCUGUUUCGUGUCCAUUUCCGGACACUCGUGUCUCCGGCCAGCGCGAGAGCGUGAGAGCGAGAGAGAAAGAGAAAGAGAGAGAGAGUGACUUUUUGCACAACACACCAACACAGUGGCGGAGGUUUUCGUUGGGUGAACUGCGUUGAGGAGCACGAUCAGGAUCUCCGUGGCGUGAGCGAUUGGCCAGGAAUCGCCGGGCUGCGCGGCGUGGAUGGAACAGUAGCGCCCCCAGUCAUGGUGUGCUCAUAACACGUCGCGGUGAUCGUGUCGUGUUGAAUAUUACAUUUUCUCUCCCGAUAAUCUCGUUGGGAGGGAGGAGAUAGACAGAGAAGGCUGCCCGGGAGUGCGAGCGAGAGGGGCGGCAUCGUAAAAACAGCCUACAAACACAGCGACAAACGUGAGAAGUUAUGGCAACGAAAACGCUGGAGAAGAGCACCACAUUGAACCCGUCGAGCGAGAAUCAGCCGUCACACCAUGGCACAUCGACAGCGCCGGCCAACUCAUCCUACGCGAACGUGGUGAACAGUCUGAAGGCGGGCAGCGGACACUCCCUGGUGGAGAUGAAGCAGCGCAACGACAAUAACAAGGAGAACGUCCUGGGGGACAAGGUGGCCGAGGAGGCGCCACGCACCGCCGACACCACAACUCCUCGGGAGGCUCGAGGAGCGCCCGCUGGUGAACCGGAGGACGACGACAGCUUCAUUCCCGUGGCAUCCUUGACGAAGAAGGAGCGCCGCAAGGAGAAGCGACAGCAACUGAAGGCGGCCGCCAAGCCGGAGCCAAAGCAGGCACCGGCAGCGGACCGGAAGGCCGCGGUGGCGAAGAAUGGCAAAGUGCCGGCCAACGGAAGUACAUCUGCGGCAGAUGUGACUACGAAUGGGGCCAAUGGGGGGCAGGAGAAGACGCCUAAGGAGGAGGCACCGAAGAAAUUCGUGGAGGCUCCAAUUCCCACAGUGAAUGCAUGGAAGAUUCAGAAUCAGACAGAAGUGGCGCCGGAUGUAGAUGUGCUCAAGAGUAAGAGAAUUCUGCAGCCGAAAGAGCAGCAAAAGACCCGGAUAGUUGGAGAGCAGUCGAAAGCACCUGAGAACGAGCCCAAAGUCCAGGAAGUUGCCAUUCAACCGGAAACACCCAAUAUUGCCAAGAUCCUCAAAGAGGAGAAACAGCAGCAGCAACACAAAAGCAAUAAGGCGAGUGAUUUUACAAAUGUGGGCGACUGGCCACUGUUGGGUGGAGUUCCGGGAAAUGGUGGUGCGAGUGCUGGUCCCAGUGAGGUGAAGAAGCCACCUGCGAAUGCACCAGCAGCUGAAUCGACGCCUGUGGCUGUAAAUGAUGAGCAAACACCAUUGCAGCAACCAGCGAAGGCGCCCACGCCGCCAGCAAAGGAAGUCCCGCCAGUCGUGACUAGCGUGACACGCACACAGCCUGAAGUGAAUGGCAUGAAUCACGUGAAUUGUGCUGACGCUGGAGUGCCACUUGCCGGCACGAGUGGCACCAAUCGGCGGGGUUUCCGGCAGAAGUGGGUGCCGCUGGACAUCGAUGUGUCGAAGCCGUCACGUGCUGGGAAACGUGGCGGUGCACGCGAUGAUUACCACCAACGUGGCGGUGAUUUCUACGGUGGAGCUCAGCACAGCGGACGUCGCGGUGCUCCGGAGUACAGUGGCCGCAGCAAUCGUCGCUUCAAGGGUAACUCUGGACGCUCAUCGGCGGCGAGUGUGCAUCACAACGGCGCCGGACCGGCACCGAGACGUGGCGGUCGUGCCUCGCGUGCCGGCAAUGCCGCAUCGCCUGUGGAUCCGCAUGUGAUCAUGCACGAUCCCGAUCGCUUCAGGGAGUUUACGGUGGCCAAACAGGGUGCUGAUUUGGCGGCCUACAUGAUGCCUUUCAUGGGUACCUACUAUUUCAAUGGGGUGCCCGCAUAUCCGACCAUGGAUCAACCUAGUCUUAAGGAGUGCAUCAAGAGACAAAUAGAGUACUACUUCAGUGAGGAGAAUCUGCUGCGUGACUUCUUCUUGCGUCGCAAGAUGGAUCCCGAGGGAUUCAUCCCAGUGACGCUGAUAGCAUCCUUCAAUCGUGUUCAGGCCCUCAAUGCGGACACCGCGCUGAUCAUCGAGGCGAUUCGUGACUCGGACAAACUGGAGAUUGUCAAUGAUUUCAAAUUACGCACCAAGUCAGACCCAGCCAAGUGGCCGAUUAUAUCGACUCUCGAUGGUGCUGCAACACCAUCGCCAGUCGCUCAAAAUCCCAUAGCACCGCCAGUAGUCAUGCCAGCGCCGAUUCCUGUGGUUCCAGUGGAAGUUCCGGCGGUGCCGAUAAGUCAACUCGCCGCGACUCCUCUCAGCAAGAUUCCGCCGCCCCCUGUGCCGAGGAACUUUCGCUCGAGAACGGGUGUUGAGGGUGUGAGUGAGGGGAAGCGUGUGGAGGAGAAUGGAAUUGGUGGGAUGAAGGAUGACUUGAAUCCUGAUGUGCCAGAAUUUGUGCCGCCGGCCAAACUCAAAGACAAUUCGAAGCGAGUGAGUGGAAAAAGUGAUCAGCUGCCAAAGGAUGGAUAUGAUGAGGACGCUGAGGUGGCGAAGGUGAUGACUGACAAUAAUUUAAGGCGUGACGAGGGUGAGGAGAGCGAUUCGGAUCUGUGGCGCGAGGUGAAGAGGCGAUCGAAGCACAAUAAUAGCAAGGAGACAACACCAAAACCGGCUGGGAAUGUGAGUCAGCAGGGAAAGCAGAGUCAGCGGCCGCCCGUGGCGGAGAAGGAGGAGUUGGACUUUCAGUUUGAUGAGGAGCUGGACAUCCCCACGUCCGGACGGGUGAACCACUUCACGGAGAACUGGUCGGACGAUGAGUCGGACUACGAAUUGUCGGAUCAUGAUAUCAAUAAGAUUCUCAUUGUGACACAAGUGAUGAGCCAUCGGACGCCGAAGCACGAGGGUUACGAUCGCACUGGUGACUGGACGACGCGCACAAAGAUAGCUCAGGACUUGGAGCAGGUGAUCAAUGAUGGUCUCAUAAACUAUGAGGAGGAUCUGUGGAUUGCAAAUCGACGUCCAACGUCGAAUAGCUACAAGACAGUCAAUGUGAUUACACAGGAGGAUUUCGAGAGAUUCGUUCCGCGUGUCGCCAAGAAGAUCAAUCCCGAUGUUCCACCACCGCCUCCGCCCACAUUCACAGAGGCCGGCGCCGCAGAGGCGGCUGCCGAGGCCGCAGGCGAUCUCGAUGCAUCCACGAGUGCUGCAACGCCUGGUGGUGCCCAUCGCAAGGCACGCUUCUAUGCUGUGAACAAGGACGAACUGGUGGAUCCGCGAACGCCGAGGAAGCGAAAGACACGCCACUCUAGCAAUCCCCCCGUUGAGAACCACAUUGGCUGGGUGAUGGACGUUGUGGAGCAUCGGCCGAGGACGUCGAGCAUGGGCAGUUCAGCGGGCACGAGUCCCACGGCGUCCAGCUAUGGAUCUUCAGUGCCACAGAGUCUGCCCGUGUUCCAGCAUCCGUCGCAUGCGCUGCUGAAGGAGAACAACUUCACGCAGCAGGCGUACUACAAAUAUCACCAUCGAUGCCUCAAGGAUCGCAAGAGGAUGGGUCCUGGACAGUCACAGGAGAUGAAUACGCUGUUCCGCUUCUGGUCGUUCUUCCUGCGUGAGAACUUCAACAAGAGCAUGUAUGACGAAUUUAGACAACUGGCCAUGGAAGACGCAGAGACGGGAUUCCGCUAUGGACUCGAGUGUCUCUUCCGCUUUUACUCGUACGGACUGGAGAAGAAGUUCAGACCGCAUCUCUACGAGGACUUCCAAGCGGAGACGAUCAGGGACUAUGAGAAAGGACAACUGUACGGACUGGAGAAAUUCUGGGCAUUCAUCAAAUACUACAAGAACUCGACCAAGUUGACUGUUGACCCGGUGCUGAAUGACUACUUGUCCAAGUUCAAGACAAUCGAGGACUUCCGCGUGGUGGAGCCUCAGCUGGAUGAGAUGCUUCAGGGUGUGGGAUCGCUGAGGACGUCGCCGGACAAGCGGCGUCAUCGCAGCGUGUCGGAGAGUGAAGGUGCUACAACAGCUGCUGGAGACGGUGAGCAGGAGGUGAGACCCAUCGUUGGAUCUCUUGGCAAUCGCAAUGUUCAGCAGAAUCGUGAUAGAAGAUUUGGUGGCGGCAAUCAACGCACAAGAGCGGGCUCUUUUGGUUCGACAAUGCGCUCGUACAAGAGGAAUCAGGUGCAGCAGGUGACGAAGGUGCAGCAGAGUCACGGUCAUCCUGCUGACGGGCCAUCACGUGAUAUUUGCACGCCAAGCACGUCGUCUGUCGCAGAUUCUAUGCCGACGUGCGUGACCAAAGGUGCCGAUGGGGGCAAGAUUCAGGCGAAAAAGUCCAAAAUUGACGCUCCGGCGAAGAAGUGAGUCAGACGUUUUCACAACAAUUUAAAUAGAUGUGCUCUCCCGCCUCUGCAGAGAUGUGAGAAAGGCAGGGAGAAUGAGUUGGAGAGGUGCCAAAUGGGACUUUUUCGCGCUAUGCGUCCAAUGAGACGCGGAAAAAAGCUCAGCAAAGAAAAAAACAACAGAGUUACAACAAUGUUAUGAUUUUCUAGCGUGUGUUUGUGUGUGACAUGCGAUUUAUGCUAAAGACAUUUUGAGAUGAUUUCUUUUUUUGAUAAGAAAAUCUCCCAAAAACAACUUUCCAUUAUUGCGAGAAGUAACAAUUCUGAGGGCGUGAAAUUGUGCAGCAAAAACACACACACACAGACAGACAUUUGAAGGAUUUAAAACCGUACAGUGAAGCACGAGCAAAACAAUGAUAUUGCGCGAGUUGAGGGGAAAAAUUAGAAAGAUUCGCGCUGCAAAAGUCCCAAAGGUUUGUUUUCUUUUUUUUAUGAAUCGAGAAAAUUGAAGAACUUGUGUGAAAAUGAGAAGAGCGAGAAUUUACGUGCUAAACGAUAUUAAACUAAUGAUGAAAUGCUAUCCAUUCUUAUGUUUUCUUGUUUUUGUUCACAAUUCAGUUCUGCUGUAGUUGAUAAAUGUUGCCUUUUUCUUUAUAUUCUUUCACCACCCCUUUUUUCGUUUAUAUUUACGACAUUAUUUUUGAUUUAGUGGCGGAACAUCAGAUGAAUGCGAAAAUAUUAUAAUUACACUUUUGAUUUAGAGAGAGAGAGAGAGAGAGAGAGAGAGAGCGAUAAGAAGAGGAGACAUAAAUGAUAAACAUUUAGAGAUGUACUUGUGAAAUGAUGAAAAGAAGGAAGAAAAAACUUAUUACAAUUAUAAUGCGAGUGUGUUUUAAAAGAAGAAUAAAAAAUGAGAGAUAGAAUAUUUACACUGAUGAUGAUGAAGAAAAAUUAAGAAAAUAUACAAAAAAAAAUAAGAUUAGUCUUAAUGAAAUGAUAUAAACUUGUAAUAUAUAUUAUAAUGAAGGAAUGAAACACAUAAAAGAGGAUAACUUUAAGACAAAGCGAAAACAUAUUUGGCCAAUCGAAGGCUUUACAAGAGGAGAAGGAACACUGAAGAGUAAAACGUUGUGCGCAUUUUUUUUAAAUAAUAAUAAUAAUUUUCAUUAUCUUCUGAUCUGCGAAAGAAAACCAUAAUUAUGCAGUCACAGUUUAAAUGCAAAGAAA